UUUGGUGCAGAUCCUUGCCAUCAUCACCUCUUUUAAAGACCUGCUCUGGUGCAUCAAAUGGAGGUGGUGUCGAAGUUUGAGAGUCGCUCACUUCAUGGGUGCUCUAGACCUGACCGUAAAGGUGUCAAAUGUUUCCCCUAAGACAAGUCGAGCGGAUCUUAUUUUCUUCUUCUCGUACUGUGGUACUGUCGAUGAAAUCCAGCUGCAGAGAGAUGGAGAUCAGUCCCAAACGGCUCUUGUGACCUUUCGGCAGCCAUAUGCCUUUGAAACUGCUCUUCUAUUGAGUGGAGCACCCAUACUGGAUCGCUCCGUUCGCAUAUUGCCUGCGGGGAACUGGAAAGACAUACCAGUAGAUUGAUGCUUCAGUAUCUUACAUGGAGGAGCUCUUCUGCAUUGGAUUUCUGAGGCACUCCAGAGGAAACAUUAGUGAUGCUUCGAUUUGGAUGGAUUAGUAGAUUAAUAUCAGAGUCUGUAAACCGCUUGCUUUGAACAAUCAGCUCAAUUCUAAAUUA